UUGUCUUUCCUCAUCAAAACAAACAGACAAACAAACAAACAAACAAACAACCAAAACCUCUCUCCACUCCAUUUGAUUCCUUCUUUUUUAUGCAAGGGAGUAGUAACCAAACCCAUCCUUUCUAAAAUACCCACUCCCUUCAUUUCUCAACAAACCCCCUAAAUUGUAUCUAAUGCCAUGACGAAAAUGGACGGAGCUUCUACCAACUUGACGUUUUCCAGUGAUGAUGAGAAGAACUUGGAGUUUUUGCUUGAGGCAUUUGGUUCUAAGCUAUCCGCGGAUGACAUGGCAUCUGCGUAUUGUCAAGCAGGCCAUGAUUUAACGAAAGCUAGCGAGAUACUGUAUAGUAUGCUGGGAGGCUCUUCCACUAGUGCACCUGUAUCAUCGGUUGGUGCAAAUGGUGACGGUGAUGCAAAGUUUGGUAAUUAUGUUAAUAAACCUUCCAAGGGUCUUUCUCGAUCCAAGCCAAGAAACUCUGGUGUGUCAGCAGGUUCGAUUUCGGGUAUAAUUGGUGCUGAUUAUGGAAAGGUAAGGGGUGCGAGUAAAAAAGCUUGCACAACUUCCAAACCAGUGAAGUUAAUGUCGAAUGAGAUUCCUGCAUCUCAGAUAUGGGAUGAGAAACCACAACCUGUCCACGCAACAAAGGAAAGUAUGAACGAAGACGUCGAGCUAUUUCUGCUCACGAUGCUUGGGGAUGGUUUUCAACUGGAUCAAGAAGUAAUCAGAGAAGUUCUAGGUGGUUGUGGCUAUGACGUCCUAGAGAGCAUGGAGAAAUUAAUGAACCUGGCACCCCCCACUUUGGAUAUGGAAGAUGUCUCACCAAGCUUAGCCCGUGCAAUGUCCGUUGAAACAUAUGAAGAUCUGGGCAGUGAGUUCGAACAUAAACUAAAGUUUAGUGAUUCAUCAGGAAGCAAGCGUUCAAAUAUCGAAAAAGAACUUUUGAACAAUCUCUUUACUGUCCCUGAAAGAUCUCAUGGUUGGCCAAGUACAACUUCAAUAAGAGAACAAAGGACAAGAAGAUACAUAGUAACCGGACCUUUAGAAGAUGGAGUAAUACAAUUUAGGACUCCAAUUGUAAAGAAGGAAGUUAACGGACCUGGAAAUGAAGAGAUUGAGGAUGAUUAUGAGACCCUAAGGGAAGCUGCAAGGGAAUAUUGGGUUACCAUGAAAAAAUACUACAGAGCGGCUGCUGAUGCAUAUGUCAAAGGUAACUAUGUGGUUGCAGAUAAGCUUGUCAAAGAGGGACACUUCUACAUGGCCAAGGCUCGAAAAGCAAAUGAAACCUCUGGGAAAAUGCUCACUCAAGCCAGAGAUGAUGGUGAAGCAAUGUCCAUCAAUCUAAGUGACUACGAUCCAAGUCCAAGUGAUGCAGUUCGUCUUCUGAAAACUCAUUUGAAGUCUAUGUCAGGCAUACCAUCCAUCCGUUAUCUGAAGGUCAUGGUUGGGACCAAUAACGAUAAAAAUAAACUAAUUGCUCGUAAACGUCGGAUAACUAGGCUGCUAGAGAAUGAUUCAAUUACUUGGACUGAAGAACAAGAUGGUGAAGUAAUGGCUAUCCGGAUUGAUGUGGUCAAUCCAAAACAUUUAAGUUUUAACAAGUAGAAUUAAAACCCAAGUAAAUUCAAAACUUAAGGUGUCCAUGGAGAUAAUUAUUCCUUAGAUGUGGGUGGACCAAAUCAUUUAUCUUUUGUUACCGCCAAAGCUAAUAGCCUGAACUUAAAGAAGUCGCUCUACUUUGGCCUUUUGUUUAUGGGUCCUAGUUAAGCCAGUCUUUUGUGGUUAAUUUGUUGUACCCAAUACUAUCUUUGGACAUAUAUUCAUUACGUAAAAAUUCUUGACCAACUUGAUAGAUCUUUCAAGCAAACACUGUCUUGCGACUUGAAAUAUAAAACAUCAACGAACAUUAUAAUCUCAAGGAUUUUGUCAGUCAUUUUUAGUUUUGUUA